AUGCGAGUGGAAAGAAAAAGCAUGUGGCUAUGGAAGGCACUUAUGACAUUGCUCUUGGUCCAAAGGGCGACGGCCGUUUGCAAUGUUUGCCAAAGUGAAAGCAACAUUGCGUGUCACAGCGAAACUACAUUUUCCAUCUGCUAUGAUGGAGAGCCAUCUUAUAAUCUACUGAACUGUCCCUCGGGCUUUUAUUGCACGGAUGAUUUCUACACUUGUUAUGAGAAUGCAACUCCAGUUUGCACAUCCGAGGAGGAUACAACAACCACCACUGCAGCUCCCUGGAGUGCCGAUGACCAGUGCCAGCAGCAGAGUAAGACCACCUUUGUGGAAAAUAAAGAUGAUCCCACUUGCACAACGUAG